AGCCUGUAUUCUAGAAUCUUGUCCCCCUAUGUCCUCGUGGUUCUAGCAUCCCACCACAAUUCCAGACCACGCACUCGGGACCCGGAAGGGUUAGCUGCUGCUCCCGAACGGGGCCGGCUUGCUCAGGUUCCGCUGUCGGUCUCGCGUCUAUGCGGCCGCCACGAUGCGGUGGGUGGACCGGCUAGCUGUGCUCUUCUUCCCACAAGGCAUGGUGCUCACCGCCGCUGCCCUGAUGAUCUUCUUUAUACACCUCGGAGUCCUUGCCAGCGAUGUGCACAACUUCUACGUCACCCACCGCUACGACCGCAUGAGCUUUCAAUACACGGUGGUCCUGAUGUUCUCCCAGGUGAUCAGCAUCUGCUGGGCCGCCAUGGGAUCACUCUACGCUGAGAUGACAGAUGACAAGUUUCUUCGGUGCUUUGCCCUGACCAUCCUGAUCCUAAACGGAGUCAUGUUCUUCAACCGCCUGUCCCUUGAGUUUCUGGCCAUCCAGUACCGGCAGGAGAACCACUGAGGCCUGAGGACUGGCCUGAGAAAGGGGAAGGAAAAGGCGGCUUCGGUGUUUUAAUAAAGUCUGUCAUUUA